CCCCAGGAGGAAGGAAUAAAAGGCUGCCUCUGCCCAUGCCCUGCCGCUCAAGACGCUGCAGCCCAAGACACCACCACUGAGGAAGUGAUCAGGAGGAGGAUGUCUGAGCUGGAGAAGGCUAUGGUGGCCCUCAUUGACGUUUUCCAUCAGUAUUCUGGAAGGGAAGGUGACAAGCACAAGCUGAAGAAAUCUGAACUCAAGGAGCUCAUCAACAAUGAGCUCUCCCACUUCCUGGAGGAAAUCAAAGAGCAGGAGAUUGUGGACAAAGUCAUGGAAACACUGGAUGAAGAUGGAGACGGAGAAUGUGACUUCCAGGAAUUUAUGGCUUUCGUUGCUAUGGUGACCACUGCCUGCCACGAGUUCUUUGAACAUGAGUGAGAGAGAAAGCAGCCCAGCUGCUCCUGUAACACAGACAACAGUCAUGCGGGAAUCAGAGAAGGAGGGCUGGCAGACCAGUAGGUGCUAAGCUCUCCAGCCAUGCGUAGCUAAUUAGGAAGCUUGAUUUCCUUAUGAAUGAAAAAUUGAAAACUUCUUUCAGAGGGCUGCUUAA